AUGGCCGUUUCAAGCAGUAACAUCGGUCGCAAGACGACGUCAACCAAAGAUCUGGGCCAUGUGCUCAUCACCGGAGGAUGUGGCGGUCUGGGCACACAGAUUAUCAACCUUCUGCUCGAGCGCAAUGCGUGCACCAAGCUAUCGGCCAUGGACCUUCGACCUGCCGCCGAGCCCAUCAAGGGCUGCGACUACCACUUUGGAGACCUCACGGACGAGGGUGCUAUGCGCGAGCUAUUCGUCAAGAUCAAGCCCAGCAUUGUCAUCCACACCGCCAGCCCCAAGUUCAACAUGGCCGACGAGAUUCUGUACAAGGUCAACGUCAAUGGCACCAAGACACUUCUUCGCGUGGCCUCUGAGACCGGUGUCAAGGCCUUUGUCUACACUAGCAGUGCCAGUGUCAUCAGCGACAGCGCGACCGACUUGAUCAACGCCGACGAGACAUACCCGCUUGUGACUGGAAAGGAGCAGCCUGACUACUACACCAACACAAAGGCUCUCGCUGAGAAAUCCGUUCUCGAGUACAACCGCCCUGCUUCAAACCCUCGUUUCCUUACCUGCGCACUCCGUCCGUCUGGUAUCUUCGGUGUUGGCGACCAGACCCUUCUGCCCCCUCUGCUUGGAGCAUAUUACAAGGGACAGACCAAGUUCCAGCUCGGCGACAACACCAAUCUCUUCGACUUCACCGAGUCUACCAACGUGGCCCAUGCGCACCAUCUGGCAGCAGCAGCUCUCCUGACGACUUAUGAUCGCGAAGAGGCAGGACAGAUUGCACCUCUGAGCCACGAGAGNGUGGAUGGCGAGUCAUUCUUCAUCACAAACGACUCGCCCAUGUACUUCUGGGAUUUCACCCGUACUGCAUGGAAGGAAGCAGGUGACACGACCGUACCUAGCCAGGUUUGGACGAUCCCCAAGGAUUUUGGACUGUUCAUCGCAACUUUGUUUGAGUACAUCUUCUGGAUCUUCCAGCUUGGAGUGCCGAACUUGACCAGACAGAAGGUCAAGUACAGCUGCAUGACCAGAUACUACAGUAUUGAAAAAGCCAAGAGAAGACUGGGUUACAGACCAGUUGUAGGCGUCACUGAGGGGCUCAAGAGAGGAGUGGCAGACGCCAUUAGAAGGGGAGUGAUACCCGGCAGCCCUGAAGAAGCGCAGCGUCUGGCUGCAGAGUCCAAGAAGGCGCAGUAG